AGCAGAGCCAGACAAACUUUACUCACAAACUUAGCCGGUUGUUUGCUCUGUAAAAGUGUUUUCAAGGAUCCCUGAAGACCGUCACCAUGGGGAGCUGGAACCCACCAGGAACUAUUGUUUCACAUGAACUAAAUAUUCUGCUGGUUGGUCCCAGGCGUACUGGCAAGAGCUCUACUGGUAACACCCUACUGGGCCAGGGAUCGGUUUUUGACACCAGAGGAGGCGUGGCCAGCACAGCUGCCAGCGCCAUAACCGCUGGCCAUCAAGUGACUGUCAUCGAUGCACAAGGCUGGGGCUCCUCUCAGGAAAGUGUCCCCCGAGAUGAGAAAAUUGAACUGAUGCGAGCGCUGUCUCUUUGUGGACUAGGAGGUCCUCAUGCUAUUCUGUUAGUGAUCCCUCUGCUGGACUUCACUGAGCCUGAGAGGAGGGCAGUGGAAAGGAGAAUGGAGCUUUUGACCCCAUCAGUGUGGAGACACACCAUGGUGUUGUUCACAUGUGGAGACCUGCUCAGGGGGAAAGGGCUGAGUGCAGAGGAGAGGAUCCGAUCAGGAGGCCCUGCUUUGCAGUGGCUGAUGGAGAAAUGCCGCUACAGAUACCAUGUGUUUAAUAACAAAGCAUCUGUCAGUGGUGAGAAGGAUGGGAAAAAAGCAGGAGGAAAGCAGGAGCAGGUGAUAGAGCUGCUGGGUAAAGUGGAAGACCUGCUGCAGGAGAACGGAGGAUGGCACUUCUCCCUGCACAUGUACCAGAGGAUGGAGGAGGAGUGGUGCCGCAGAGAGCAGAGGCUGAGAGCUCAACUGCAGGCGGAGACAGCUGUGGGAGGUGUAAGGACAAAUCAAACGACAGCAGAGACCAAGAUAAACAUGGAGCAAAGGUCAGAGACUGAAGAAGAAGACGAGGAGGAGGAGGGAGACUGCCCAAGAAAAGGGCAAGCAAAGGUGGAGGAGAGGAAUCGUGGGGAGGAUGAAGAGGAGGGAGAGAGGAUGGAGCUGAGCAGUCUGAGCAGUGAGGAGGAAGAGUGGGACGUGAGUUCAGACAGUGGAGGGGAGAGAGAGGAGAGUGAUGACGUAAAAACAGGACUGAUGGCUCCAUUUCGGUCUAAUGGGGGUCUGAGGUUAGCCUUGAGUCCAAUCAGAAGGCCUGAAGCAACGAAGGACAGAAAGACUGUUUUCAAUGCAGCCAGAGUAAACUGACUCUGGACAUGAGUGACACGAGCUGGGAGAAAAAUUGUUUUAAUUGGACAAUCAACUUGUUAAAAACUGAGAAAAACUGGAAAAUUCACACCACACAUGUUUUGAUACAAUUUGGACUAAUUAACCUGCUUUGACUGGGUUUUUGCAGUGAAGGUUACACAUAAAUAAAUAUCACAUUUUUAUUGAUGUUAAGACUCCAGGAAGUCUAUCAUAUAAUCACUUUUAAAAGUGUAAACAUCACGUGCAAUAUUUUUUAACAACUUAUUAUUAACCAAAUAAGGUGUGGCAUGUCAAUGAGUAAGCUGGAUAGAUAGUGAAGGGAGGAAGGUAAGCAUGUGCCAUUUGGUCUUUGGAUUUUCAUUUUAAACUUGUUCAUUGAGGAGCACUCUCAUCAUAGUUUAACCAUUUUAUUGCAAAAUUAAUAGACAGUUUUACUUGGUAGAGAAGGCUCUUUUCAUAAGAUGCUCCCUGGGUGUACUGUCAGAAACCCCAAUAUGGAUAGAUACAUUAAUGACAAUGCAUAUUGAGUAAAAUAAAUUAAGCUAUGAAUCCACAGUAGCAUGAAUCUGAAUGAGGGUGUCACAAGCUUUAUGCCAUAAAGGAGGAGGCUAAAAGGGUCAAAACGUAUCAUCAAAAGCUUAAAAAAAGUUUGUUUUGCUUUUUUGCAACAGCCCUAGCUAUUAGGUUCUUAAAUCUGUGAAUGCACUGUGAAUGGUCUGUCUGUGGUGUCGACCUUUGCUGUCGUACAGAGCGGCGAGGACUGGAAGAGGGAGCCUAUUGGGUUGGUCUGCUUUGAUUUUUGAUUAUGAAAAAAUAAAAUGGUCAAACAACAAAGAAGUAAGUUUUUUCAUCAUCUGAGACCUGAUGUAUCCACCUAUGAUGAGAAAAGCCAAUGACCAAAAGAUACAGAGGUAUUUUGUUUUUCAAUAAGGAGCUCAGCUAUUUCUUCUUUCGGCCCCAGCUUAAACAUUUUCAUAAAAACGAGAGAGGAUUUGAUUUCCUCCUCUAGCUCUUAAACAGAGGUUUAUUUCCUAAAUUUAAAAACUUGCUGUAAUGUGCAGAAAGAAUACUUAUUACAGCUUUCCUGUGUUUUUAAAGUUUUCAUUAAGUUUAUAUGUACAGAUACUUCCCAAAAACUAGGAAGACUUAUAAAAUGUGUAAAUAUAUGAUAUUACGUUUAAACAGUGUGCAUUAAAAUCUAAUGUCAUGUUUGUAAAGCUAAAAUGUAAAUAAA